AUGGUUAGCAUCUUUAGCAGGCUUGUGCCCGUACAAGCUGAAGAUGGAGAGCAGCAGCCUGUUCCAGCCAUCAACUCAAGUACCAAAGAUGGUCAGGACACUACCCCAGAGUCAUCUUCCUCAUCAUCUCAGUCCUCUGCUGUUGAGCAAGAAGGAGCUGACGUUACCACGCAAAAACAGUUACUAUGCAACCUCUGCAGCACUGGAAAGAACUAUUCAACUGUCAGUUCCCUGGCAGAGCACAAGCGAAGAAUCCACGGUUUAGGGAAGGCUCCAGCUUUCCAUUGCACCAUCUGUGACAAGAACUUUGUGUAUGGCCGAGACUUUCAUGACCAUCUGGCCAGUCACAACAAGGAGAAGAAGCAUGUGUGCACUGUCUGUGGCAACAGGUACGCAAGAAGGUCCAGUCUCCUACAGCACAGGAGACUUCAUGGCCCAGAUGGACACAAAUGCCACACAUGUGAGAACUUCUUCCCAACAGACGCCAGACUGAAAGAACACCAGGUUGUCCACACUGGAGAAACUCAGCAUGUGUGUGAUGUAUGCCAGAAGAAGUUUAAGUAUAAAAGGGGCUUGAUCACUCACAUGAGACACUUGCAUCCACAAGGGGAUGAAACACCAGCAAAGUGCACAGUUUGUUCGAAAGAGUUUAAGUGUGAACAGUACCUGAAGAGACACAUGUUGGUACAUUCCGAAGUUAGGCCGUUCUUGUGCGACACGUGUGGGAAGGCAUUCAAGUCUAAAGAUGUCUUAAAGAAACAUACUAAGACCCAUACCCAACCCCAACCGGCAAAGUAUGUGUGUGAGAAAUGUGGCCAUAGGUUUGAUCAGGAGGAUGAGCUAAAAGCUCAUACACCUAUCCACACUAACAGUCUAGUUUUACUUUUAGCUCAUAAGUUGUUUGUUUUCAUGUUGUUAUAACAUUUCAACAGCUAUUCACAUGUGGAGCUAUGAGAAUGUUGACUUUGCAUUUAUCUUGUAAUAUUACCUAUAAUGACUUUAUUCAAUUUGGUGUAUAUAACCAGUUAUAGGGAUAUUCAUGUUGAAAAGUUUAUCACUUUUUGGCAGCUCCACAUGGAAAGAUUUCAAAACGUAUACAACACUAUGUGACAUGUUAAAUCAAAGAUUAAACCUACUACCAAUGAUGGAAAAUUCAGGUCAUUGAAUAGCAUGGAGAAUCCAAUAUUCAUACAGUUGAACACUGACUUUAUUCUGGAACAUUAUCAAACAUAUAACUUCAUGCCCACUAAAAGAAAAAUGGAAAAAGGCUUUCACUGUUAGUACAGUUAUCGCAUCAUUCUGCAGUUUAAAUUAUCCAAACAUUCAUAUCACAUAUUACCAUUGGCAUCAUGCUAUGAUAUAAAUACAUGUGACGAGUGCAUUACAAUUAUGCAAAAUAGUGGGCAUUUCUUGUUGCUUUCAAAGUAUAUAGGGUUGUUAGACAUGUAACUUCUGUU